AUGUCACAUGUAUUGUGGACUCCGCCCGCAGGGCGAAAGACAAAUAUGGAUGAUUUUCGAGAGAUUAUUUCAUCGAAAUAUAACUUGAAAUUGGAUUCAUAUUUCGAUCUAUAUCAAUGGUCCAUUGACAACUACGUGAUGUUUUGGAAAGAAUUUUGGUCUUAUUCAAAUAUAAUUUAUUCUAAACCAUAUAUUGAAGUUAUUGAUGAAACAAAACGUAUGGACGAAAUUCCAGAAUGGUUUGCCGGUGCGAGAUUAAAUUAUGCCCAAAAUUUACUUCGUUAUAACGAUGAUCGUAUUGCAUUAUAUGCAUGCAGCGAGGGUAAUCCAGGAAUAAUUCAAAUAACUCAUCGACAAUUAACCAAUGUUGUUAAUAAAUAUCGAAUAGCAUUGAAAAAUGCCGGUGUUGGAAUGGGUGAUCGUGUUGUAGGAUUUCUUCCAAAUUCACCCGAAGCCAUCAUUGCUUGUUUAGCAGCAGCUAGUUUGGGGGCAAUUUGGAGUACUGCAUCAGCUGAUUUCGGCGUGAUGGGUGUUGUCGAACGUUUUAGUCAGAUAGAACCAAAAGUGUUAUUUGCAGUCAAUGCUGUUGUGUACAAUAAUAAAAUCCACGAUUCACUCGAUAAAUUACGGCAGAUAGUUCAGGCUAUUCCAUCGUUGAAAGUUGUUGUUGUUAUUCCAUUUGUACCAUCUCAUUCCAUGAACCUCAGUAGUAUAUCAAACAGUAUUACAAUUGAUCAAUUUCUAUCAAAUGUCGGUACUUCUGGCGAUCUCAUUGACAAUGAUCAACUUAUUGAAUAUGAACAAGUCCCAUUUAAUCAUUCAUUGUAUAUCCUCUAUUCAUCAGGCACUACUGGAGCACCAAAAUGCAUGGUACACGGACAUGGUGGUACAUUGUUAAAUCAUCUAAAAGAACAUAUUCUACAUUCGAAUAUGCAAGUUGACGAUGUAUUAUUCUUUUAUACUCAUACAGGAUGGAUGAUGUGGAAUUGGUUGAUAACCGCUAUAGCAUUAGGAACGCCUAUUGUAUUAUAUGAUGGUUCUCCAAUUGUUCCAAAUAUUUAUCGUUUAUGGGAUUUGUUAGAUGAGACGGGAAUUACUAUAUUUGGAUGUAGUGCCAAAUAUUUAACAACAUUAGAAGAACGUCAUGCUACACCUGGAACAACGAAUAGUUUGAAAACAUUGCAUACAAUAUUAAGUACGGGUAGUCCACUACAUCCGCGUAUAUUUGAUUACGUUUAUACAGACAUUAAAUCCAAUAUAUUAUUGGGUUCAAUCACUGGUGGAACUGACAUUGUCUCGGUAUUUUGUGGAGUAAAUCCGACAUUAUCGGUACAUCGUGGUGAAAUACAAUCUCAACAUUUAGGAAUGGCAUGUGAGAGUUGGUCAGAUGAAGGCAAAUCUGUAAUGGGUGAAAGUGGUGAGCUUGUGUGUGUAAAACCGUUUCCUUGCAUGCCCAUUUGCUUUUGGAAUGAUAAAAAUGGUGAAAAAUAUCGAAAAGCUUAUUUUGAUAAAUAUCCAGGUGUGUGGGCGCAUGGUGAUUAUUGUUCAAUUAAUCCUGUGACAAGAGGAAUUGUAAUGUUGGGAAGAAGUGAUGGAACAUUAAAUCCUGCCGGUAUACGUUUUGGUAGUGCUGAAAUUUAUUCAGUUGUUGAACAAUUUGAAGAAAUUAUUGAUAGUCUAUGUGUUGGUCAACGAAAUCCAAAUUCUGAUGAUGAACGUGUUCUUCUAUUUGUUAAAGUAAGUUAA